ACCAUUUUGUGUGUUGGAGUAAAAAAAAAAAGGGAGAAUCGAGAGGGAGAGCCGGAGGGGGGGCGGGGAGGGACCGGACCGGACUGAGCCGGGGCCACGACCCCCCGCCCCGAAGCCCCGCUGAGCCCGAGGUGGACAGAAGAUGAAGCCAAUGAAAAAGGCAUGCACUAGCCUUUCAGGUCCUGGCAGUGGUAGCAAGUCCCCACCAGCCACCAGGGCCAAAGCUCUGAGGCGGCGAGGGGCUGGGGAGGGUGACAAGCCAGAAGAGGAAGAUGAUGAGGUACAGCUACAGCAGCAGCCAGAAACAGAAGAAGCUGAAGAGGGUGAGGAGGAAGCCGAGCAGGGCCCUGGUGCUGAGAGGCCAUCCCCAGAGCUGCACCCUCCUGACCUGGCUCCAGGCCCAGCUGAGGACACCAAGGGGGAUGGGGAGGCAGGCCGCUGGGAGCCCUCACUCAGCCGUAAGACAGCCACAUUCAAGUCUAGAGCGCCCAAGAAGAAGUACGUGGAGGAGCAUGGGGGUGGCAGUGGUGGGGCGGCUGGGGCCCCUGAAGAGCGAGAGCAGAUCCCUGAGGAGGCCAGCACACUGGGGGUGCCUCCUCGGCCACCCACUUCCACUCGUUCCUCCUCCACUGACACAGCUAGUGAGCACUCAGCUGACCUGGAGGAUGAGCCAGCUGAGGCUUGUGGUCCAGGCCCCUGGCCCCCCGGUGGCACCAGUGGUGGCUAUGACCUGCGGCAGCUACGGUCCCAGCGGGUGCUGGCUCGGCGUAGUGAUGGUCUCUUCUUGCCUGCUGUGGUGCGCCAGGUGCGCCGAAGCCAGGACCUGGGGGUGCAGUUCCCUGGUGACCGGUCUCUGACUUUCUAUGAGGGGGUGCCAGGUGGUGGCAUAGAUGUGGUUUUAGAUGCCACACCACCACCAGGUGCCCUGGUGGUGGGCACCGCUGUCUGUACCUGUGUGGAGCCUGGCAUUGCUGCCUACCGUGAAGGUGUGGUAGUAGAGGUGGCCACUAAGCCAGCUGCCUAUAAGGUCCGUCUCAGCCCUGGCUCCAGCUCCCAACUGGGCCCACCGAGCACCCUACCACAGCCCCCACAGCCACUGCAUCGUGAGCCCGAGGAGGCUGUGUGGGUGGCCCGCUCCAGCUUACGCCUUCUGCGGCCUCCCUGGGAACCUGAGGCCCUGCUGAGGAAGCCCCCCAUAGUCCCUGAGGAAGAACAAGCUGAACCUGGAGCUGUCCUCCCGCCCUGCCCUGCUGCCCUGGAUCCCAAGCAGCCUGAGGAUGCUGAGGUCUCCAAAAUCAGCUUUGGUGGCAAUCUGGGGGCUCACUGUGAGGAGGGUGAAGAGAAGCACCCAUCAGCCUUGGGCACCCCAGCCCUACUUCCACUGCCCCCACCUCAGCUCCUGUCACCAGCCCCCAAGUCCCCAGCCUUUGCUGGCCCUGGCCGCCCAGGUGAGCAGCCCUCACCCUGCCAAGAGGGGAGCCAGGGUGGCAGCCGGAGCAGCAGCGUGGCUUCAUUGGAAAAGGGAGCUGCACCUGCUGCCCGGGCUCGCACGCCAUUGACAGCUGCCCAGCAGAAGUACAAGAAGGGUGAUGUGGUCUGCACGCCCAACGGAAUCCGAAAGAAGUUCAAUGGCAAGCAGUGGCGACGACUGUGCUCACGAGAUGGCUGCAUGAAGGAGUCACAGCGAAGGGGCUACUGCUCGCGCCACCUGUCCAUGCGAACCAAGGAGAUGGAGGGCCUGGCCGACAGUGGGCCAGGUGGGGCUGGGCGGCCAGCUGGUGUGGCAGCCCGUGAAGGUAGUACCGAGUUUGACUGGGGUGACGAGACGUCGAGGGACAGCGAGGCCAGCAGUGUGGCAGUUCGGGGAGACUCACGCCCACGCCUGGUGGCCCCUGCUGACCUGUCACGCUUUGAGUUUGAUGAGUGUGAGGCAGCUGUGAUGCUGGUGUCACUGGGCAGCUCACGCUCCGGCACCCCUUCCUUCUCACCCGUCUCUACACAGUCGCCCUUUUCACCAGCCCCGUCACCCUCACCCUCGCCACUCUUCGGCUUCCGCCCAGCCAACUUCAGCCCCAUCAAUGCCUCUCCAGUCAUCCAGCGCACUGCCGUUCGCAGUCGCCACCUAAGCGCCAGCACCCCUAAGGCAGGUGUUCUGACGCCACCAGAUAUGGGACCCCACCCACCACCACCUGCCCCCCGAGAGCGGCAUUCCUCCGGCAUCCUACCCACCUUCCAGACCAACCUAACCUUUACUGUUCCCAUCAGCCCUGGGCGGCGGAAGACAGAACUGCUGCCCCACCCAGGGGCAUUGGGAGCCCCUGGCACAGUGGGUGGAGGAGCUGCCCCAGACUUCCCUAAGAGCGACAGCUUAGACUCUGGUGUGGACGCUGUGUCCCACACACCUACGCCCUCCACACCGGCUGGCUUCCGGGCCGUGUCACCUGCUGUGCCCUUUUCUCGCUCCCGUCAGCCUUCACCUUUGCUUCUGUUGCCCCCACCUGCUGGCCUGACCUCGGAUCCAGGGCCUUCUGUGCGCAGGGUGCCUGCAGUGCAGCGGGACUCACCUGUUAUUGUCCGCAACCCUGAUGUGCCACUGCCCUCCAAAUUUCCUGGAGAGGUGGGCGCUGCCGGUGAGGCACGGGCUGGGGGACCUGGGCGGGCCUGCCGUGAAACCCCACUGCCCUCUGGGGUGGCCAGUGGGAAGCCUGGCCUACCCCCACCUCUGCCGGCCCCUGUGCCCAUCACUGUGCCUCCAGCUGCGCCAACUGCAGUGGCCCAGCCGAUGCCCACCUUUGGCCUGGCUUCUUCACCCUUCCAGCCCGUGGCCUUCCAUCCCUCACCUGCUGCCCUGUUGCCUGUCCUGGUGCCCAAUACGUAUACCAGCCAUCCUGCUCCCAAGAAGGAAGUCAUCAUGGGUCGGCCUGGAACAGUGUGGACAAAUGUGGAACCUCGCUCUGUGGCCGUGUUCCCCUGGCAUUCUUUAGUUCCCUUUCUGGCACCCAGCCAGCCAGACCCCUCUGUGCAGCCGAGUGAGGCCCAACAACCUGCCAGCCACCCAGUGGCCUCCAACCAGAGCAAAGAACCGGCUGAGUCAGCAGCUGUUGCUCAUGAGCAGCCACAAGGAGGGACAGGGAGUGCUGACCCUGGGCGGCCCCCUGGAGCCACAUGCCCUGAGAGCCCAGGUCCUGGACCUCUACAUACUUUGGGAGUGCUGGAACCUGGUAAAGGUCCUCCUCCCACCACUGAGGAGGAGGUCCCUGGCCCCCCAGGAGAACCCCGGCUGGAUAGUGAGACAGAGAGCGACCAUGAUGAUGCCUUUCUUUCCAUCAUGUCUCCUGAGAUCCAGUUGCCUCUGCCACCUGGAAAACGUCGGACACAGUCGCUCAGUGCCCUGCCUAAGGAAAGAGAUUCGUCUUCUGAGAAGGAUGGACGCAGCCCCAACAAGCGGGAGAAGGACCAUAUCCGGCGGCCCAUGAAUGCCUUCAUGAUCUUCAGUAAGCGUCACCGAGCCCUGGUCCACCAGCGUCAUCCCAACCAGGACAACCGGACCGUCAGCAAGAUCCUGGGCGAGUGGUGGUAUGCUCUGGGGCCCAAAGAGAAGCAGAAGUACCAUGAUCUGGCCUUCCAGGUGAAGGAGGCCCACUUCAAGGCCCACCCAGAUUGGAAGUGGUGCAACAAGGACCGAAAGAAGUCCAGCUCAGAGGCCAAGCCCACGAGCCUGGGGCUGGCAGGCGGGCACAAGGAGACGCGGGAGCGGAGCAUGUCGGAGACGGGCACUGCCGCCGCCCCUGGGGUGUCCUCUGAGCUCCUGUCCGUUGCAGCCCAGACACUCUUGAGCUCAGACACCAAGGUUCCGGGGAGUGGCUCCUGUGGAGCAGAACGGCUGCACGCAGUUGGGGGACCUGGCUCAGCCCGGCCCCGAGCCUUUUCCCACAGUGGGGUACACAGCCUGGACGGUGGGGAAGUAGACAGCCAGGCACUACAAGAACUGACUCAGAUGGUGUCUGGCCCCACAUCAUACUCUGGCCCAAAGCCUUCCACCCAGUAUGGCACUUCAGGCCCCUUCGCAACCCCCAGUGAGGGAGGCACCUUGGCGGCCGGUGGGCGGCCCCCACUGCUGCCCACCCGAGCCUCUCGUUCCCAGCGUGCAGCCAGUGAGGACAUGACCAGUGAUGAAGAACGCAUGGUCAUCUGUGAAGAAGAAGGGGACGAUGAUGUUAUCGCUGAUGAAGGUUUUGGUACCACUGAUAUUGAUCUCAAGUGCAAGGAGCGGGUGACUGAUAGUGAGAGUGGAGACAGCUCUGGGGAGGACCCAGAGGGCAACAAGGGCUUUGGCCGUAAGGUGUUCUCACCUGUGAUCCGUUCUUCCUUCACCCAUUGCCGUCCAGCACUGGACCCUGAGCCUCCAGGGCCCCCAGAUCCACCUGCAGCUGCAGCCUUUGGCAAAGGCUAUGGCCCCACCCCAUCUUCUUCCUCUUCCUCCUCCUCCUCCUCACUUGCUGCCUCAACCUCAGUAGCCACCUCCUUCUCACUGGGGUCUGGAACCUUCAAAGUCCAGGAGUCUGGUCAGGGCAGUGCAGCAGGCCCACUUCGGCCUCCACUCUCUGGGGCUGGAGGCCCAGCAACAUCUUCCAAGGUCACUCGGUUUCUCCCAACGGAUCCUGCCACCUUCCGGCGCAAGAGACCUGAAAGUGUUGGGUGCUUGGAGCCACCAGGUCCCUCAGUCAUUGCGGCACCUCCCAGUGGGGGAGGAAACAUCCUGCAGACACUAGUCCUGCCCCCAAACAAGGAGGAGCGGGAGGGCAGUGGGGCCCGAGUACCCUCGGUCCCAGCCCCAUCACUGGCCUAUGGGACCCCAGCAGCCCCUUUGUCCCGCCCUGCUGCCACCAUGGUCACCAACGUAGUGCGGCCUGUCAGCAGCACUCCUGUGCCCAUUGCCUCUAAGCCCUUCCCCGCCUCUGGCAGGGCUGAGGCAUCUCCAAAUGACACAGCAGGUGCCAGGACUGAAAUGGGCACUGGGUCUCGGGUACCUGGGGGCUCCCCGCUGGGUGUCAGUUUAGUGUAUUCGGACAAGAAGUCAGCAGCCACCUCACCAGCCCCACACUUGGUGGCUGGGCCCCUGCUGGGCACUGUGGGGAAGGCACCUGCCACUGUCACCAACCUGCUGGUGGGUACUCCAGGCUAUGGGGCCCCUGCACCCCCUGCUGUUCAAUUUAUUACUCAGGGGGCCCCUAGCAGUGGGACCACUGUAGGCUCAGGAGCAGGUUCUGGAAGUGGUCCCAAUGGGCCAGUACCCCUGGGCAUCCUGCAGUCAGGUGCCCUGGGCAAGGCUGGGGGAAUCACCCAGGUACAGUACAUCCUGCCCACGCUGCCCCAGCAGCUUCAAGUGGCACCUGCCCCAGCAGCAGCCCCUGGGACCAAGACAGCAGCUCCCAGCGGCCCUGCACCCACCACCAGCAUCCGUUUCACCCUCCCGCCGGGCACCUCCACCAACGGCAAGGUCCUGGCCGCCACUGCACCCACCCCUGGCAUCCCUAUCUUGCAGCCUGUACCCUCUGCACCACCCCCUAAAGCCCAGUCAGUUUCUCCCGUGCAGGCCCCACCCCCAGGUGGCUCAGCCCAGCUGCUACCUGGGAAGGUACUAGUACCCCUGGCUGCCCCUAGCAUGUCAGUACGGAGUGGAGGGGCUGGCCAGCCACUGCCCCUGGUCAGUCCACCAUUCUCAGUACCUGUGCAGAAUGGUGCCCAGCCACCCAGCAAGAUCAUCCAGCUGACUCCUGUGCCUGUGAGCACACCCAGCGGCCUGGUGCCGCCCUUGAGCCCAGCCACCCUCCCUGGACCCACCUCACAGCCUCAGAAGGUCCUGUUGCCCUCCUCCACCAGAAUCACCUACGUGCAGUCGGCAGGUGGGCACACACUGCCUCUGGGCACCAGCCCUGCAUCCAGCCAGGCUGGAACAGUUACCUCCUAUGGGCCCACAAGCUCUGUAGCUCUAGGCUUCACUUCACUGGGGCCCAGUGGACCGGCAUUCGUGCAGCCCCUGCUCUCAGCUGGCCAGGCCCCACUGCUGGCUCCUGGCCAGGUGGGCGUGUCACCUGUGCCCAGCCCCCAGCUGCCUCCUGUCUGCACAGCCUCAGGAGGUCCGGUCAUAACAGCGUUUUACCCAGGAAGCCCGGCACCCACCUCCUCAGCACCCCUGGCCCAGCCAUCCCAGGCCCCCCCAAGCCUGGUGUAUACUGUGGCCACUAGUACCACCCCACCUGCUGCUGCCACCAUUCUGCCCAAGGGCCCACUGGUCACUGCCACUGCCACCCCAGCCCCCACUAGCCCUUUCCCUAGUGCCACAGCGGGUUCCAUGACCUACAGCUUAGUGGCCCCCAAGGCCCAGCGUCCCAGCCCAAAGGCCCCCCAAAAAGUGAAGGCAGCCAUUGCCAGCAUUCCUGUAGGCUCCUUUGAGGCAAGUGCCACUGGGCGGCCUGGCCCUGUUUGCCGGCAGCCUCUGGAGCCUGGUCCAGCCCGAGAGCCAUCAGCCACAGAGUCUGAGCUUGAGGGGCAGCCUACAUCACCGGCCCCUCCACCACCCCCAGAGACCUGGCCUCCCACAGCCCGGAGCAGUCCCCCCCUGCCCCUGCCUGCUGAGGAACGGACUGGUACCAAGGGCCCUGACACCAUGGCCAGCAAAUUCCCCAGCUCAUCCUCAGACUGGCGUGUCCCUGGGAUGGGCCUGGAGAGCCGUGGGGAGCCUCCCACUCCUCCCAGUCCGGCCCCAGCUCCAGCUGCAGCCCUGGGUGGUAGCAGUAGCAGCAGCGAGGGCAGCAGUGGGAGGGCGGCUGGGGACACACCUGAGCGAAAGGAGGCUGCUAGUACUGGCAAGAAGGUGAAGGUGCGGCCCCCACCCCUGAAGAAGACCUUUGACUCUGUGGACAACAGGGUCCUGUCGGAGGUAGACUUUGAAGAACGCUUUGCUGAGCUGCCCGAGUUUCGGCCAGAGGAAGUGCUGCCAUCACCCACCCUGCAGUCUCUGGCCACCUCACCUCGGGCCAUCCUGGGCUCUUACCGCAAAAAGAGGAAGAACUCCACGGACUUGGACUCAGCACCAGAGGACCCUACCUCACCCAAGCGCAAGAUGAGGAGACGAUCUAGCUGCAGCUCAGAGCCCAACACCCCCAAGAGUGCCAAAUGCGAGGGGGACAUCUUCACCUUUGACCGAACAGGUACAGAGGCUGAGGAUGUGCUAGGAGAGCUGGAAUAUGAGAAGGUGCCAUACUCCUCACUUCGGCGCACCCUGGACCAGCGUCGGGCCCUGGUCAUGCAGCUCUUCCAGGACCAUGGCUUCUUCCCAUCAGCCCAGGCUACAGCAGCCUUCCAGGCCCGCUAUGCAGACAUCUUCCCGUCUAAGGUUUGUCUGCAACUGAAGAUCCGAGAGGUGCGCCAGAAGAUCAUGCAGGCAGCCACUCCCACGGAGCAGCCCCCUGGAGCUGAGGCCCCCCUCCCUGGACCGCCCCCAGCUGGCACUGCUGCUACCCCUGCUUCCACGCCUAGCCCUGCUGGAGGCCCCGACCCCACCUUACCUGGCUCGGACUCUGGCACAGUCCAGGCUGCCCCACCACUGCCUCCACCCCCAGAGCCGGGACCUGGACAGCCUGGCUGGGAGGGGCCCCCCCAGCCUUCCUCUCCACUCUCAGGCCCUUCCACAGCUGCCACAAGCAGGUGAGGGGCCCUUUUGAGAAGAUCCCAGGACCCACAGUACUUCCCCUCAGGACAUGGACAGUAUGUAGGUGGCAGGAAGGGGGGGGGCAGGGGGAUGGUUACCUCCUCCCCAGUAAAGCCAUUUCGUCCUUUCCAGUUUGGUGCGGAAUGAGGCCUGCUCCUCUUGUAUAUAGUCCCUCCCCGCAGUUCCCUCCCUGUGCUGGGGGGCAGCUGAGGAGAAGCAGGGGCACAGUCCCUCUACUGAGCCCCUGUUCAUAACCGGGAGUGUGACCUUCAGAGCUUUUCACUUGUACUUUAUGCAAAAUGGCUCAUGUGAGGGCUGCAAGCUGGAAGGUAGUGUGGGCCUUGGGCCACAGGGAGGUGCCUGUGGAGUAGGGGGAGUUCAUGUACCCCGUUUUUCCCCAGAGGGGCUGGACUCAGGUUAGUUUGGGGGUGGGGCUCCUGCACUUUUGCCACAGGCAUGGGGAGGGUUCUCUCCCUAUCCCUCUGCCCUCGCAACUUGGGUUGUACUUUCUAAGAAGGUAAUUCCCCCUGCCCUUGCCCCCAUCCCCAGAACAAAACAUGUUGAUCAUGUGCAAUAUUUCUUACUGUGCCGAGAAGCAGCAAUGACCGCGAUUAAAGCUGUUUAACACA